CGAAUGUCCGCCGUCUAGCCAGAACACCCUCCUUUCGUCUCCUCUCUUUCGCUCACCAUGCCCCCCGCACUCUCUCCUGGCGGCCGUCUGCGCUCUCGCACCUCGGACAUCUCUGACCUGCUGCGCGGACGCCAUGACUUUAAAUCAAACGCGGAGUCGCAGCUGCCUAUGCCUGUUCCGACCCAUCUAGCGGACCCCACCACCCCGACAAAACCAAAGGGCAAGUUCUCCUUCCUCGCGAGGAAGAGGAAGCCCAGCGCUGCCUCUCCAGCCUCCGCUCGCACCGCGACCGAGGCUGCACAGAGGGACAAGAAGAACGAGGGCUUACCCCCCGUGCCCAGCAUCGGCGCGUCGCCAAGUCACUUGCCUCCAGCUGGCUCCGCCGCACGCGCGUCAUCGCAGAACACAGCACCGGCUUCCCUUCCGCCGCUUAAUGUGUCCCCGCCUUCACUCGGGCUCCCACAGCUCGAAGGCGAGUCUUCGAAGACAGCGACUCCCCCGCGUCCAGGCACCCACCAGAGAAUUCCCUCUGGGAUUCCAACCGCUACCCUCCGCAACCUCCGCACGCAAAAGUCGACUUCGUUCGAGCACAGCCGGCGAAGCAACGACAGCCAUGGACGGAAGCAGUCCAGCUCGUCUUCCUCCCGCCCCAUCAUCACCAUAUCCCCGCCGCACAACGUUGCCGAGGGGACGGAUGCUUUCCAUGCGCCGCGCUCGGCUCCGCGCCCCCCUAGUCACCUCACUUCGCGUCGGCCAAGCCAAAGCGGGCUGCCCACCCCGUCACCAAGCACAGCGACCGAUCGAACGGGCCCCGACUCUCCUACGUCGGACGCCGGCUCGAUGACCUCUGUACAGUCAUCCAUGCAAUUCCCGAUUCCAUCGGUAGAUGGUCCACAGGGAGCAUCCUCGUACAAGGAAGAGAGCCUAUUGCGUCGGGACCACUUCGAGAUCGGUCCCUCUGAGCCCGCAGGUCAACGACGAGGCACGGUGUCCGGUAGCCAUCAGGGCGCGCUAGGGUCUAUGGGUCGCAGCUUCAUGCAGGAGCGUCAGCAGAGGCGGCACGUAAGCGUGCUACACUUCAAUAAACCGAAGCAGGAGCCCAAGCAGGAGCCCGUCUCGGCGACCUUUCCGCGAGUACGUCGAUCGGGUGCACACUCGGACUCGCCAUCGACGUCGGGGCAGUCGGGUAACGAGAGUACUACGUCUUCGCAUGGCACCGUCUCCGCCCUGUUGCGCAGCAAGACUACGGUCGUCCCGACCACGAAGAAGGUCCCUCCGCCAUUAUUGCGGACCUGGCACACGCCGCCCAGUACUGGACCUCCGACCGAGCCGUUGCCAUCGCCACCCUCUAGCGCACCCCUACAGCCGCUCCUGUUGUCAUCUACUUCCCGGACUAGCGGAUUUUCUGCGUCAUCGCCGCCUAGCCCGCAAAAGACCCUUCCGCCGCUUCCCCCCAAGGACCCACCCGCGCCCACCGAGUCCACGCGGUCGUCCGGCUCGCUCGGCGAAGCGCCCCCGUCGCCCGCACGAAGCGAUCGGGCGAUGUCGCCAUCGCACACGCCGAUGCGGCAGGACGCAGUGAAGAAGGUGCUCGAGGACGAGAACGCGUCCGCAGAGGAGCUGCGCGAGGCGCUGCGCACGCAGACCGCGAAAUAUUCACGGCUCAUGGCGUACCUGCUCACGCUCACCGAGCGCCACGGGAUGGAGAAGCACGAGUUCUUGCGGCGCAUCGAGACGUUCGAGCAGGACGCGCGCAGGCGGGAGCGCGAGCUCAAGGGCCUGCGCUGGCUCGUCGCGAACUCGAGCCAGAGCGGAGGGCAGGCGCAGGCGCAGGGGGAGCGGCGGGAGGGCGCGCCUGCGCGGGCGGACAGCUCGACGCUGCCGGGGAGCGAGCCGCGCGGGAGGCAGCGGUCGUGCAGCGAGAGCGUGGCGAGCCCGCAGACGUACCUGAACAUGGGCUUUGAUUCGAGCCCGGAGACUGGCGGGAGCCCGACGCCAGUCCGGGCGCCGGGCGUGCUGGACUCGGUGCGGAUGUCGAUCGACUCACCGUCGGGGAGCACGGAGGAGGGCUUGUACGAGAUGCAAACGACGAUCUCGCAGUUCAUCGCGCCAAACGCCAUGAGCCCGCCGACGAACAGCGAAGAGCAGCUGCAGGACGCGGCGGGGAGGGCGGGGAUGUCGCCUACGGCACGGUUGAAGCGGUCGAACACCCUGCCGGACGCCCUCGCGCACCUCCCUCUGGGCUCGUCCAAGCAGAAGCAGGCGCGGCGGACGAGCUCGCCCGUGCUUCCUGUGUCGAACAACGGGUCUCCUGCUGCGAACGUUGGCAGCAGGACAAUGGUCGUUCGCUCAGGUCCGAAAGCUGGGCUCGGCAUUGGCAUCGAUCUUUCGGCUUCGCGGCCGUCGUCUCCAGGUGCAGAACGCGACCCGCACGCGCGCUCUGAUAGCUCGACGCUCUCUUCCUCGACGCUCUCCUCGCUGCCCUCCCUCUCCACGCUCUCCUCCGCGCUCUCCUCGAUCCCCGAGACGCCACGCAUGGACGCGGAGUUCCCGCUGCCCAAGCUCUCGAAGCGGUCUGAGGAGGACCUCGGGCGUGCGCGGACGUUCCACCGGCGGCUGUCGGGCUCCUCGCUGUCCUCGUCGACGUCGUCCGGGACGGGCUCGGGCAGCUACACGACGAGCUCGCGCGUGAGCGCGUCGCCGUCGAUCGGGCAGAUUUUGGACCGCUCGAAGCAGCCGGAGAUGGACGCGAUUCUCCGAAAAUUGCGGGCGUAUGGGCAUGGGUCGCCUUGAACCGCCGCCCGCUCGCUGGAUUGAUUUUUCUGGAUACCGGAUACCGGACUCUGGGCCACGCCCGUCGACACUCGUUCACGAUCGUUUCACGCACACCAUCCACGGUUUGGAUUCUUAUCGUCUACGUUAUUCGCUCUCAUGGUUCCAAUGGCACCCUGCGGCUCGCAGUCCCCCCUCCUCCCCUCAUCACUGUCCCCUCUUCCACCCAUCGCAUCAGCUCCCGCACCCCCCUCCCUCCGCCAUCCUCCCCGCACUCCGACCCCCUGAUCCCCCCUGAUCCUGCGACGCCGUAGGGGCAGCCACAUACACGCCUGUACAGACCCACACCCGCUCUACGCACGAUACCUCAUU